GUUAUUCAUAAAACUUAAGAAGCCUUUAUAAGCCCACUAUAACAGAGCUAUAAAGGCUUUAUAAAAAUCUCUAUUUAUAAACGCUCUAUAAAGCUCUUAUAACUGUUCAUUAGCAAUCAGUUCUAUAAACCCUCUAUAAACCUAUGAUAAACCUCUGAUAGUGAAAAACGUUAUUCAUAAACGCUCUAUAGCGGUCCGAUAAAGUUAAAACGUCAAAUAGCGAGCCUAUAAAGUUAACAGAGCCGACUCCCUACUUUAGCGGCAUUUUAACCUAAAAAUUGUGAAAUAAUUAUUCCGUUAAUUAAUAAAAUGGAAGCAAUUACGACCAUUUCUACAAUUAAUUUAAUUGAUAUGUCAAGAAUUCGCCAAAAAAAAACAUUUAAAAAAAAAGUCAAUCCAUUUCUUUUACCAGAUAAGUGCUUUAAAUAUAAAUACCGAUUCAAUAAAAGUACUGCUCGAUAUAUAAUUUCCUUGGUGUACGAUCAACUAAAACAAGAUCCCAGAGGUGGUGCCGUUUCUCCAGAGUUGCAAGUAUUAACUGCUUUGAGGUGUUGGGGACGAAGAGAGGUUCAGGAUGAUUGUGCUGAUCUUCAUGGACUCAGUCAACCCACAGUUAGUAGGAUAUGUAGUAGAGUGGCAAAGGCAAUUGCUCAGCUUGCUUCCACUUUUAUAAAAAUGCCAGAAACUGUCACAGAGGAACGGUCUUGUAUGACAAAUUUUGAAAGUCUGGCUGGUUUUCCAGGGGUUACAGGGGCUAUAGACUGUACCCAUAUUAAAAUUAAAAAAACAGGUGGUGAUGCAGCCCAAUAUUACAUAAAUAGGAAAGGAUAUUAUUCUUUGAAUGUGCAGGUUGUCUGUGAUGCAAAACUUGUAAUAAGAGAUGUUGUAGCAAGAUGGAGGGGCAGUACUCAUGACAGUAGAAUAUUUACUGAGUCAAUUAUAAAAGAAAGGUUUAAUAAUGGUCACUUUAGAGGACGUUUACUCGGUGACUCAGGGUAUCCACUUCUGCCCUACCUUUUUACACCAAUUUUGCAUCCUGUAUGUAGAAAGGAAGAAAGGUAUAACUCUGCCCAUAUCAAAACACGGAAUAGUGUGGAAAGAUGUUUUGGAGUGUGGAAACAGAGAUUCCAAUGUUUACUACAUGGAUUAAGUGUAUCGCUGGAAAAUGGAAAGGCAGUUAUAGUGGCUUUAGCUGUGCUCCACAAUAUCGCUAUGAGUAGGAAUGACGAUAUAUUAGAAUAUGAGAAUCUUGAAGAGGUUACCAUUCAAUCACAACAUCAAAUUGAUGAAGGAAUGGGCAAUGGUGCUGUAAGAAGACACUCUCGAUAUAUUUUGGAUACAUUUAUACAAAAUAAUUUUUAAUAAAAUAAAUUAUGUUAAUUUACUUUGUUUACUAUAUUUUAUAUUUAA